AUGGGUGACGUCACUCUGGAGUUGUACUGGAAACACUCCCCAAACACAUGCAGAAAUUUUGCAGAACUGGCCAGGAGGGGUUAUUAUAACGGCUGCAAAUUCCAUCGCAUCAUCCGUGAUUUCAUGAUACAAGGUGGCGACCCAACAGGCACGGGGCGUGGGGGUGCCUCCAUCUACGGCAAGCAUUUCAACGACGAAAUCCAUGACGAACUCAAGCACACGGGGGCCGGCCUGCUCUCCAUGGCCAACGCAGGACCCAACACCAACGGGUCCCAGUUCUUUGUGACCCUCGCACCGACUCAGUGGCUGGACGGCAAGCACACCAUCUUCGGUCGUGUAUCCAGUGGAAUGCAGGUGAUAAAGAGAAUGGGUUUGGUGGAGACAGAUAAUAAUGACAGACCUGUAGAUCCAGUUAAGAUCAAGAGAGCAUAUGUCAAGAUGCAUUAAAUAUAUUGAUCAUAAAAUAACAUUUUUCUUAUUUUACUCCAUUGUUUUUAUUUCUUCUUUUAUGUGGUUUACAAAGUGGAAACAAUUUGUAAUAAAUUAUUAUAUAUAUAUA